GUUGAGUCUCUGGUUGCCAUUUGGUAUCUGGCUUGGGCGUUCAAAUUCACCUAGAGGUGCUCCAAAUUCCAGAAUUUCUGCACGCUCGACUCGGACAAGCAUGACUCUGGUACCUAUCAUAAUAACAAUCCAUAUAUAUACCGACUGGCAGUCCAUAACCUUACUCGAUGGUCAUGGGAGUCACGAUGCAAGAGUGCACAAAGACGUUGGUUACUCUUUCCCCAUCGUACGUUCUAUGCCUUCAGUGGACAAAUCUGAGCAGCCCAGGGUUGUAUGGAAUAACGAUCUAGAUGUCUUCAUCCAUUGCUCAGUCGUAUGAGUCGGACGGUGAUUCCCGAGGCUUCUGUGAUGGGAAAUAUUCGGCUGCCAAGCACAUAUUUGACACUUGACCCACACCUUCGCCGCGGAAGCCAUCCAACUCGCAAAUAAUGAUAAUCAAAGACUCGGACAAACCGGCUGCAGCGGGCGGUUAUGCGAAAAUCUUCAAGUGCAGCUGGAACUCACCUUCUGAAUCUUCUCCAGUUGCAGUUCAGGUCAUCAAGGUUCAGCAUGAUUCUGACUCGCUCAGUGAAAAAGGUGAGGAAUUGAGACGAGAAAUCAAAGUAUGGGGACGACUUCAGAACGAGCACAUCUUGCCUUUGCUCGGGCUGGUUCAUGGAUAUGGCCCAUUGCCUGGCCUCGUGUCACCUUGGAUCGACAGUGGAAGCUUAAUUGAGUUAUUGGUUAGACAUCACAAUAUCCUGAUGCGCCAUGAACGUUUUCGCCUGUUGCAAGAUAUUGCCUCAGCGCUGCAGUAUUUGCACUCUUUUGCAGUGGUUCAUGGAAAUCUAAGCGGUCAUAACAUCUUGGUGGACUCGAAUGGCCGUGCCUUUGUAAAAGGUAGCGGGCUUUCCACGAUGCUUGAUGAGAUUGCGGAAUCAGAAUCUUACGAGACCCGCCUGGGUGAUGUUCCCUGGACAGCUCCCGAGUUAAUGGUUGCCAGUUCCAGCGGACUUCCGACGUCCCAAAGCGAUGUGUGGUCUUUCGGUUGCAAUAUAAUCCAUGUACUAACUUACUUCAUCGACGUUGGCAUCACCGUAUUUAACAAUUUUCUUAGGUACUUUCUGGACAGGAGCCCUGGCAGAAAGCUCCAGAUAACACUGUGAAGGCCCGUUUGCGUGACGGCCAAGUCCCGUCAUUCCCAGAAGGAAUCAGUGAUCAAGACAUAUCUUUCCUCCAACGAUGCUUUUCACUUCGGCCUGCAGAUCGCCCUUCUGCAG